UGAGCCGAGCCGCAUUCCGUUACCCACCUCCGCGAUUGGCCGUCGACACGAAGCCUUCGAAGUUUCAAGUUUUAUAUUUAGAAAGUCAGUUAAUACGUUGUGGACUGUGUUACGUUCCUUAUUGGGAUGGUAAUUUCAUAAAGAGCGAGGAUGUCGCGGCUGGUGCUAGCGCUGGUGGUGGCGGGCGCGUCCGCGCAGCUCACCCUGGACGGCGUGCGCUGCGGGCAGCUGCUGUGCCAGCAGGACCAGUACUGCUCGCCGGAGACCAACCGCUGCGCGCCCUGCAGCCUGAUCUGCAACACCACGCAUCACAACUACGACGCGGGGCUGUGUGUCAAGGAAUGCCAAGGUUACCUGUUGGAUCUGCGGUACAUGCGCCGGUCGCAAGGGCCCGAGUCCACUACAGAUUAUGGCAGUGUGGAGCGGCAGGCGCGCGCGGCGCUUAUCCUCAGCGCCGUGGCACUCGCCGUCUUGUUACUGGCCCUGGUGCUCAUCUGCCGCGCAAAAUUUUCCUGGCGGUAUAUUAAACAAAAGUUCCAGCCUACAAAGAAUCGAGUAAAGCAGUAUCCGGCGACGGGACUCACCCAUCACAACCCUCACGCGGAAAUGCCGAAACCGAAACCAGAACUUAAAUUAGACAUAUCGAAUCCUGAACCCCUAAAACGACCGCAACCCCUAAACGCGCGAGACCUGGAGACCAGGACCUCGCAGACCGAGAAGAGCCAGGGGGCCACGACCCCCAAGACGAUGAGCACGGCGCUGAGCAACCGCCACCCCGCCGAGGACACCACCUUGGACUUCUCGUACGAUAACAUGGCCUUGAACGUCACUCCUCCCGAGCGCGCCACCACCACUCACAAGUUCUAAUGCUCAGCGGUAGGCACCAGAUUCAACAUUACUUAAUCUUUAACUAUUAAGAAUGUUUAGUAAUCUCUUUGUAUAAACAUACGACACGAAUCUGAGCGACUUUAGUCAUCAUCUAUUUUAUUAUUUAAAUCGUAGAUUCCUUCGAUAGCUGCAACUUGCACUUAGCACUUAGGUACUAUUUAUUUUAGGUACUCUUUAAGUUUAAUCAAUAGUAGAAGCGUUUCGGUAGUGCGCGACCCUUCGUAGAGCAGCUCAAGUAUUGGUUUUGAGAUUAUAAUGUAGGCAUACUCGUACUAUUUUUUCCGAUAGGUAUCGUCCAUAGGUAUCGUCUUACGCAAGAGAAUAAUAUACGAAUAAUUGACUGAACGAGAAAUAAAUACAUCGUUUUCUUAUUACUUAUAUAAUAGAAGACUACAUUAAUUUAAAUGUAAAAAAUGUACUUAAAUAGGAACUCUUCAAUCAAAAUAUCUUAAAGAUAUGAAUUAGGUAGGAGAGCAAUAAAAAUAAAUUAGUAACAUUCAUAAAUGGGAAAUCUUCUACUAAGAGGAUUUUUAUACAUAAGAGUUGUACCUAUGUAUGUACCUACUCGUAAAUCUCCAGGAGCAUCACAUUGUAUUUAAUGUUAGAAAUAUUUUAGAACAAUUAUUGUAAUAUUUUAUAUUAAUUAUAAUAAAUAGGUAUGGGUAGGGAUGGCUGCGCUUUGCUCAAGUCAUUGCUUAUGUAGGUAUACAUAAUAUCUUGGUAUUAUGAUAAAUGGAAUGCAGGAGUAUUUGAACAUGGUGGUCUAAAUCGGGUUGUUUUGGGUACAGUCAACGAAUUUAAUUACCGACCCAUUUCGUACCCUGUCACAGUGACAAUCAAUAUGAAAGUCGCGAGAGACCUCUUACUAUUGUCACUGUGGCAAGGUACGAAAUGGGUAGGAGAAAUAAAUUAUUUUAGGAAAUUAAAUUAAUGCACCUACGUUAAGUAGUUCCCAGCAUUCAGAUACGUUGGUGAAUGAGGGGGAUGUAAAAAAUAUACUUAUACAUAAUUAGAGGUAAGACAAUGUUUCUUUCCAAGAGGAUUAUAUUACUUAUAUUUUUUUAACUUUACAGCCAACUAAAAAAUUGCAUAGACCACUUUAUGAAUGCAUUCACCCUGCAGCAAAAUUGCAUUCCCACUUCAUGAAUAAACUGAUUUAUAAUAAAGUGAGAAUGCAAUUUUGCAGAUGGGUGUACGUACAUGUAUGUAGUAUACGCACAUUAUACACAAAUUAUAAAUAAUCUAUUAGGUAUUGAAUAAUUAGUGGAGCGUUUACAAUGCACUUGACACAUUUUUGACGAAUUCGCUGUUAGAUCGUGAAGAAUUGUCCAGUUGUAUAGUAUUUUGGUUGCAGAUAAGCGAAAACUCUUUCUUCUCUUGGCACUUCUAUAACAUAGUCUAGAAAAGUGAUUGAAUUAAUUAUUUAUAGGUCAAACACAUUUUAGAACUUCAUUUCUUUGGACAAUACGAUAAACGUCAACAACUAGGGUACACACGCGUUGUAGGUAGUUAUAUAUCACGUUUUUCUUAUUUGAGUCUAAAGCGUGCUGAAAAAAUGUACCUAUCUCGCUUGUAGGGGUGCAGCGUAAAAAUUACUAAGCUUGAUUCCCUCAACUUUGUGACGUCUGCAGGAAAGACGCGGACGAGUUAAGCAUGUUAUGGAAUGUGUAUGACCCUUAUUGAAAAGAUAAUGAAUAUAUAAGUUACAUUAGCAUUAUAGAUUUCCAACAGUAUAUGAAUAUGUGACGUACCACGAGUAAAGGUACUUUGUGGCGGUUGGUACUUACGUCGCGUAGCGCCGUAUUAGUAAUAGAGCGUCGUUAAUAAUAGCGUAAGUGCCAACCGGCAUACGGUAUCUUUACCCGUGGAACGUCAUAUAUUAAAUGAAACAAAAUUAUAGCUACUUAUAAAAUAAAACAAAAACUAAAAUUAACUAAGAAUUAAAAAAUUACCUAAAACCUAAAACAAAUAUUAACCCUAUUAUGCUCUCGAUUGUACAAUUCUCUAUAAUUAUAUUUCAGUUAUCUUGUUUUAUUUUAUAUGUAAAAAGGAUGACUCCCGCUAGACAGGACUGGGGCCGGGCCAGAGCUUCCGGCGCUUCGUCUUCUAUGGAAAGCACCACGUGAUCACCGAUCAGCCGUCAUAGAAAAUGACAUGUCGGACGCCACGGCCCGGGCCCGGCCCGGUCUAGCGUGAGUCAUCCUUGAGAUCGAGUUCGACUCGGGUUAAACAUUCAGCAUGGCUGAAGUAGUUUGGUUCGUUGUGUGUGUUGGAACGUUAUAAAUAUAAAUACUUUUUGCUUACUGUGUAUCCUGUUAACUUUUUUGAAAUUUAGAGUGGCUGCUUCUUCAUAAUUAUAUAAAUACGUUGUUAGUGAACAAAAGUAACCGUCCUUGUUAUAUUAUGUAUAAGUAUUGAUUUUUUUCAGUAUACUAUAUUAACUUGUCUAAUUAAUGUAUGUACCAGUCGUUGAUUUAUUUACCAAAAGCGUAAGAAUCGAAAUCAAUCGUAGAAUAGAAUGGGACUAUUUAUACCUACCUAGUGUCAACUUUAUUGUCUUACACUGUGUACAGAUGUAGUGCAUAAUUAAUUGUUUUUCAUCGUAACUUUCUCGGAAACUUUCGUACCUAUUUGUCAUGCUACUUCAGUUAACCUCAGUACUUUUUGUACCGAGACUGACUAGCAAGACACGUUCUUACGUUUCUGUGAAAUUACGAUGGAAAAAGUUACUUAUGUCUCACGUAUAGUACGACACAAUGACGUUGAGACUUUGUUUCUUUGACACCUAAAGAAACAUCAACCACGCUAAAAUAAUAACUAUAUUUCUAGAAGAAAGCUCCGUUUUAGGGACAUGGUGUUUUAUGCCUUUUUUGUGUAUAAUAAGCUUUUGUUUCGCCAUACACAGUAUUCACAUUAAACCCAGAUAUUCGGAGAAAAACAGAAAAACCGAAAAAUACUUAUACUUUUCAAGAUGGCGUUUGAUCCCCGUGGUCCCCGAAGCUCCAAUUUUAUGAUACGCAAACAGGGAUCCCUGAAAUUGUAGGUGUCAAAUUUCAUUACUGUCACUAUUUUUAAACCCCAUUUAAGACCUAAAAUCUGUUUUUGCAGUCACAUUUUUAAGUUCUAAACAUUUUUCCUCCAUUUAAUUCAGUAAAUUUGUAUUGCAUAGCACUCGUGUACCAAUUAUGGAUCUACUGAUGUCUAUUUUAUUGAAAUCCACUCAAUAGUUUAGGCGCUAGAAGUAAAAAUAUAAUUUAAUAUUCGGCGUCCUCUCAGGGCGGCUGUAUUGAUUUUUCUUUAAUAAAACAAGUGUAAACAGGUUAUGAUGGCCAAGAGGAAUCUACCGAUAUGUCAUUUUAAAAAAUCCGUCCAGUAUCCUGAGCUACAGGGUGUACUGAUUUUCAGUACUUAAACCCAUAACCCUACUUUCUGUUUAAGUCGCAGUCGAGUAAAAUGUUGAUAUUGGAGUAGAACGUGUACAAAUGUAUAGACAAAAGUGGAAAUCAUAUUCCUCCAAGUUUCAUAUUAAGAGAAUAUCCCAUGAAAGGGUAUAAGCGCUAAAUCUGGAUUCAGCUAUUAUUUUCUAUAACAAGAUGUAUUUUUUCCGCAAAGAUAUCUAGGACUUUUUGGGUAGAAUUUAAUAAGCUUUAAUGUUGCCUUACACCAUAUUUUCUUAGAGAACGUACAUUUAGAGUAAAACGCAAAUUUCUCCAGGAUGGUACACAUUUUCCAAGAUGGCUGCGAUUCCUCGAGGUCCCCAAAUCUCAAAUAGUGUGGACAUGAAAAAGAGACCUUUAAUCAACAUACAUACCAAAUUUCAUAUCUUUGGAAGCAUUUCGAGGUUAGACUUAAUUCGAUUGUGCUAAUAAUCGAAAUAAACAUUUUGUACCUUAUGACUUUGGAGAUAAAAUAUUUCCUGAGAAAAUAGUCUUUGUUUAAUAGGAUCAAUGCCAAAUGUUAAAAACAUACGAGUUAUGCCAGCACAAAAUAAACGUCAAUUUGGAGUAUCAAUAUUUAAGGUUGCAGGCAAUUUUGACGUAUAUCCGGAGGAUUCAAAUCCGCCGGAACAAUGCAUAUCCUAAAUUGGUACUGAAGUGACAC